CUUUCUUUCAGGUAGCACGUGGAAGAGUAAAUUCCACUCUUAGCGAAUCUUAAUCGUCUCACAUACGAGUCCUUCGAUCACAUGUUCCCACGGGAAGUAUGAAGAAAAUGCUGGUCAACCUUCUAAUAUUAGCUGUCACAGUUCUUUCAACGAAUGCGUUUCCAUCGCCAGGAGACUAUGAGCAACAGAUAGCAUUCGAAGUCCCCGAGCAACAGUUUGUUCAACAAACGGCUAAUACGGAUUACUUUGAUGUCGAUAACUCAAAAUCGUCGUCAUUCUUGGAGCAAACGGCAGAUUUCACCAUUAGCUGUUUUGGGCAAAACAGGAUCUGCGUCAAGAAAGCUGACUGCCUUAAUGGCUAUGUUCACGUUGCCAACAAUAACCUUUUAGCGAAUAAGGGGCGAGCAUGCAGAGUUCAAGACGAAGUCUGUUGCCAAGCUGUCGCUGAAUUUCAAGUCGGACCUUCAGAAAUUGAACCGUCUGGUCAAGAUUCGGCCGGCACUAGUCAAAACGCAGGAUUCGUGAAGCAAAGACCUGUGAUACCUCAACAAUCAUUCGGUGGUCCUCCCACUCAACAGAUUUCUGCAAAUGUUCGCGUUGGUGUACCAACGCACGUGCAACUCGGUUGUGCGGCAGCUCUGCUGUGCGUCGAAGAACAGUUUUGUACCGUGGAUGGUACAGUUGCCACUGAACCAGUUCAUUUGACCAGUAGACAGUUUCUGCAGCGGGUACCAUUAAGUCCAUGUAAAAAUCCUGAGAGCGGAAUAAUCGGCAAGUGUUGUCGGGACCCAAAUUACGUGGAUCCAUGGCCAGCAGGAAAUCUUCCGGCAAAUUAUACCGGCGGCUUCGACGAGCAAGGUUUCCCAACGUUUUUGAACAUUGCCAAAGUGAGACCCCCGAUUACAAAAGUGCCGUCGAUUCAGACAACCCCGAGACCCGUUGUCCAAACGCACAGACCCACACCUGUGGAGGAGCAAUCGAUACAACCGGACCACUCUGACAUUUCCUCGGAAUUUCUAAUUCCGCCACCCGAGACCCCUCCAGAAACUGGAAACAUCGUUGACAGUUCGAAUGUUGUCGAAACGAAAGAAAAAUGCGGCGUUAGACACAAGAAUCCAGAGACGAGCGAUUCUCGAACAGUUUUCGGCGAAAUCCCGUGGCAAGCCAUGGUACUGCAGUCGAAAGAUAGGAAAAUUCUUUGUUCCGGUGCACUGGUCAGCACUCACGACGUGCUAACUGCGGCCAACUGCAUUGACACUAUGGUACCGAACGAUGUAGCGAUAAAAUUGGGCGAAUGGAAGCUGGGAUACGAACUCCAGCACGAGGAACCGCUUCCUUUCGAAAUCCUGAACGUAUCAUCCAUCAGUAUGCACCCCGGUUACACGAGAGGACACGGAAAGCAUGACCUCGCAAUUCUGCAUCUUGAAACCCCAGCUAUCCUCGAUCAUCACGUGAAUCCGCUUUGCUUGCCACAAACGAAUCAACUGCAAGCGAAUAAGUCGUGCAUUGCCACCGGUUGGGGAAAAUCAAUACUUCAAGCGCAUUACACUGGAGCAAUUAUGCAUGCAGUGGAUAUGAAUAUACUUCCAACGAACUUGUGCAAGGAGCAAUUGGCAACUGAAGAUGUAUACCAGAGUGCUAUAGACGGAAUCAUCUGCACCGUUCCUAAAGAAGAUAUUAAUAAUGUUUGCGAAGCCGACGUUGGUGGACCUCUUGCUUGUCAAAACGGGGAAGGGUAUUACGAGCUAACUGGAAUUUAUAGUCAAGAUACAGGAUGCCAAUCAUCGAAUCAGGUUGGAAUUUUUGCUCCGUUGGACGACAAGUGGAUGAGAGAAACAAUGUUUAGUCAGACGUACGAGCAGGCUCUGUCAACAAUUUCAGAACAGACGAAAACGAGUGGGAGACACGAUCAGUUGGUAAUCUCCAACGACUUUAGGGAGAGUACUCUGACCGAAGACAACCAAUAUCUGCCGCCUAAUUAAAGAUCAAUCGGAUAAUAUACCUUCUUUAUCUAUUUAUUAUACUAUCAUCAUUAAAUGGCAGAUCUUUAUGUAAAGUGAUAUUUAACGAAAUUAUCUGCUAUAUUGGGCUGUUUGGAAAAUUCGCAGCGUUCUAAAUUUGUGUUUGUAAAGUUCUGUAUCGGAGAAAUUUCCUAACCCCUAAUCGAUCGAAAUAUCUUAUUGUUAAACGAGUUUUCAAUACUGGGAAACCAUUGGUAAAUAGAAGACGAUAAAAUACAUUUUCGACUUUUGAUAUUA